AAACAAGCUGUCAACAUGAAAUCACUGUUCAUUAUUAGUACUUGCCUGGCUUUGGCAACCUGCCAAUUCGUGCAGUACGACCCUUACACGACGACGGAACCAACCCGCCCAAUAUGGAACGGUCCCCUGGCCAACCAUGUGAACGGCAUCCCACCCCAAGACACCCCCGAAGUGGCGGCCGCCAAGGCCCACCUCGACAAAGCCUACAGCCACGUCUUAGCCGUCCUUCCCACCUUGCCACCAGAAAUCCGUUAUCAGAUGCACGGCAUCCUGUUGCCGCAACAGCCCGUACAACCCGUCCACCAUCAGCAACCCAUACAACCCGUCCACCACCAGCAACCCGUGCAACCUGUCCAUCAUCAUCAACCGGUGCACCAUCACGUUCAACCGCAGGUUGUGCCGCAGCGAGUUGAGCCCCAAUUCAAUCAAUAUGCCGAGGAGGUUCCCAGGAGUCCGAUCGGAGAGGUGCCGGAAGUCCAUGCUGCCAGGGUGGCUCAUCUGAAGGCUUUCCAGGAGGCUCAAGCUGCUCUUCCUCCAUUGAAGAGUUAGAUGUUACUACGAUUUUGUUUUAACGAAUUGUGUCACCAGAAAAGUGCAUUCAAUUUACUAAAUUAAGAUCAAUGUUGUUAAAAAAAUACUGUCAAAAUAUAUUUCUUGUU